UCGUAACUAGCUUUCCUGCAAGCAUCUCACUCCCUUAUAGUUUCUUCAUAGAGCUGCUGUUCACUAAACAAAAUGGCUAUCAAAGUUAUCUUCCUCCUGUUCGUUACUGUUCUCCUGGUUUCUACGAUGGUUUCAUCUCAGGACGAUGAUGGUAUCGACGAUCUCAAGGCAAAGAAGCCAUCACCUACGAAACCCAAGCCAUCACCAAAAGCACCCAAGUCGCCAUCUUCAAAGGGACCCAAAUCACCACCAAAAUCACCCCCCAAAUCACCCAAGUCACCGGCAAAGCCCGGAAAGUCGCCACCAGGUGCACCACCGUCAGCUGAUGAUGAUCCGUACUCUGAUGACCUUCCGGAGGAUGAGCCGGUCACUCCGCCACUUUCCGUAUCUAAGGUCUCAUCUCAUGAAGACAAGAAAAUCAUGGGGCCAAAGUAUAAAUAUUCAGGUUCAUCGUCGGACGGUGAGCGACCAACAAAUGGUAGCCAAAGCUAAUCUAAUAGGAGUACAUAUACAAGAAAGGCAAUAAAAUGUUAUAAUGUAUAAUUCAAUAAUGUUUAUUCAACUGCUCAAUCUUCAUGUAAGGGAUGACAUAUAUUUCAAUAGUAAAUAACCCUAGUUCCUUUU